AAGAUCCAGAUGAUUUAGAAUAUUCUUCAACUGAUAAUGACCAUGAUGAUAAUUAUUCAACAACCUCUGAUUUACCAAAUGACGAUCUUGAUUCUUCAACUAACCAACCAAAUAAUGAAAAUACAUUUGAUGCAUUUUAUUAUGAUCUUACUAAACAUACUUGUGAGCAUCUUAAAAAUAAGAAAAUCAAUAACUAUGAUCUUGAAAUUUCAUACAAGAUAAAUGGGUGUGGCUAG